AUGUUUACCUUCAGUCUGCUGUAAAAACACAAACCAACCCCUUGAAAGUCCCGGAAAGGUAAACAAAAUAACCAAGAAAAUGUCAGAUAGAGCUUAGAACUUAUCUUUGGAUUGAUCUCCAGUGCCCAAGUUUGAUUAACUGAACUGGAUUAGAUGAUGGACAGAUUUGAUAGAUCGAACAAAUCAAGUUUUGCUACUAACAUCUGCAAGUGAAAAAAAGGAAAGAGGCUGCUGUUGGACGGGGUUCUAACUUUGUCUUGUAAAUUGUCUGAAAACGUUUCUUCAAGCCAAUCCAGGUUGGCUAGCUUGAACGUGCAUGGAUGCCGCGUGUGGAUUACAUUACAUGUCAAAACAAGCCAAUUUUCUUGCUCUUUACCAUCUUUCCUCCAACGUUUACUCUUUCAACCUUUCACUUUCACAACCUCACCUGUUUCAACAGACUUUGAGAGAAAGAGAGAUAAGAAUGACUGAUAACUCAGAAAACCAAACGUGUUCAGCUGAGAUGGUAGCGUCUAACCAAGAUCUUUUGACAGAGAUUCUGUUGCGUUUGCCUGUGAAAUCUGUUUUCAAGUCCAAAUGCGUCUCCAAACGAUGGGUUUCCCUCAUUUCUGAUCCUCAGUUUGCUGUCAAACAUAUCCGUUUGCAUGUCAACCUUGGACCCUCUGGCCUCUACUUCUAUGGCAGCCCUUUCGGUUUCCUUAACUUUGACAAAGAUCAGAACAUGCUUAAGGUACCAUCUCUCUCGUUUCUCAAUGCUUCAGGCAUUGAAAUCCUGCAGUCUUGCAAUGGAUUGCUGCUUCUUCUCUGCCGUUUUAGUUCUGCAGAGAAUAACUCUGGCUUUACUUACUGUGUCUGUAAUCCCAGCACCAAGAGUUUCGGUACUGUUCCUCUACCUAAUGCAACUGCAAACAGGUCGAUGGCAGGGAUUAAUUUGGCUUUUGAUCCUCCAAAAUCGACCCAUUAUAAGGUCAUUUGUGUCUUGAUGAACAACUUGCAAGACCCAAUUCCAAAUGAUAAUAAUCUUUUGCAUGGUGAGGAAGGUCUUAAUGACAUUGAACACUUUGUUUCUCCUACUUAUCAGAUUGAGAUCUUUUCAUCAGAAACUAAAGCUUGGACCCUCUCUGGAGGUCCUUUCGAAGCACCCCAUUACACAGACUUUGAGCAUGGGGUAUUCUGGAAUGGUGCAAUCCACUGGCUCAGCCCCACAGAUGUUUCCCUUUACUUUGAUGUUGACAGUGAAAGCUUGAAAACAAUGACAAUGCCGCGCAUGCAGACAGGACCAACAGGUUUCUGGAGCUCUCAGAGGUUUCCCUAUUUUGGAGAAUGUCGUGGCCAUUUACAUCUGAUUGAAGUUGACUCCAUCAGCACACCAAGGUUUCGUGUGUUCGAGAUGAAGCCUGAUUACUCUCGUUGGUUUGUGAAAUACAGAGUUAAUCUCAAUAAUGUGGCAUCCAAGUUCCCUGAGAUUGCUCGAAGAUACAUAGAUGAGUUCCCGAAUUUGGCGCAGAACAGCCCGGAGGACUUCCAGGUUCAGUAUUAUGCAUACUCUAUACUAGGCGUUAUCAGAGGAGAGGUAGAGGAAGACGUUGAACUGGUGCUGCUGCUACCUGGCAAGAUCAUCUCCCACAAUCCAAGGCUGAACACUUCGAAACUGCUCUCAAGCUGGAGGGCCAACAAUGUUUAUGAUUGUAUGCAAUACAAAUGGUACCAUGUAUGUCACUAUGUAGAAAGCCUAGCUGGUGUCUGAAACCUGUAAAAUGGAAUAGGACUGUCUGAACAUCUACUUUCUGCUAGAGGUUUCUUUUCUUUGAGCAUCUCCUGUCUGUAUCAUGGUUUUAAACUGUAUGUAAUUAGCUUUUUGAGGAUAUUACAUGUUCUGGU